UUUAUUGCUCCAGAUAUUUCUAAAAUUUAAUUUUAAUUUUAUUGCAAAAGCAGCUUUAGAACAACAAUGGCAACUGCCGUUUUGGAUAAUUUUGAUUUAAGCAUCGAAAGUAGCGAUUUGUCGAAUUUGAAAGGAAGUAAUUCAGAUAAUAAAAUGGACAGAGCGCCCGAUUUGAGUCGUUUAUCCACACCAAAACCCAUAAUGCAUCUGGGCUCUUCAACAGAGUUUAUCCGUCAGCACAGCGCGAUGCCUAGAACCCCCUUCAAGCCGGGUACCGGCUACAGGUCCAGCACCAGCUUCAAACCCACGACGAAUUUCACAAAACCGGGUACCGGAUUCAAGCCGGGCACGGGCUUCAGGCCCGGAACAGGCGCGGACGCGGUCAGCAGACCGAUGACUGCCGUUAGAGGGGCCGGUUACACGUCCCACGGUAAACCGUUCGAUCCGAUGAACCAAGCCGCCUCCGUGCCCACCCCGCCGUUGGAAUUGCAGAAGGACGAUUCUCCCGAAGAGAAGGUCAGGCAACAGGAAUACAAGAUCAUACACUUGGUGGAGGAAGCUUGCAUUGCCCAAAGCGAUGGUGAUUACAGGCAGGCUUUGACUAAAGCCAAAGAGGCUUCGAACAAGGAGCGAAAUUUAAUCAAGCUCCAGGAGCAGUCUGGUCUGGGGGAUCAUCAUAACAUCGAUUUAACAUACGCGGUUCUGUUUACAUUAGCGAACCAAUACGCAGCAAAUGAACUCUACACCGAAGCUAUCAAUACGUACCAAAUGAUCACUAAAAAUCGAAUGUUCCCGAACGCUUACAGAUUGAAGGUGAACAUGGGGAAUAUUUAUUUCAAGCAAAACCAGUACCAAAUGGCCGUUAAAAUGUUCAGAAUGGCUUUGGAUCAAGUACCAUCUAGUCAAAAGAACUUGAGAAUAAGGAUAUUGCAUAAUAUAGCGACGGUUUUCAUUAGAAUGGGUCAAUGGGAAGAAGCCAUCAGUAAUUUAGAAUACAUUAUGAGCGAACAAGCUUGCCAUAAGGCCGGUUUGCACCUUAUAGUUUGCUGCAGAGCUUUGGAAGAUAAAGAAAAAAUGAGAACGGCAUUUUCCCUGCUACUAUCAGUACCGUUGAAUUUAGAAGAUGAAGAAAAAUAUAAUAUAGAACAGGAUUCCCCUGAAGAUACAUUGAUAGCCCUAGCAAUUCAGGACGAUGACCUCCACAAAUACGAAUCCAUGAAACGCAAAGAAGCUGAAUAUUGCAUUCUUACAGCUGCUAAACUUAUUGCACCUUUCAUAGAAGAAUCGUUUGGUGAAGGUUACGAUUGGUGCGUGUCCACCAUAAAAAAUUCCGAAUACGCCAGAUUGGCGACCGAUCUUGAAAUAAACAAGGCGGUUAUGUUUCUCAAACAGAAGCAAUUGCCUGAAGCUGUAGAAACGUUGAAAGCAUUCGAAAAGGAUUCCGUAAUAGCUAUUAAUGCUGCGGUGAAUUUGAGCUUCAUUUAUUAUUUACAAGGUGAUUACGAAAAUGCUUUAAGAUACGCCGAAAUCGUUGAAAAACAAAACGCAAAAAGUCCUGAAGGAUACGUUAAUUACGGCGCAUGUUUAAUGGCGAAAGGCGAUUUUAGCGGAGCAAUCGGCUGUUUUCAGAAGGCUCUAAACUACGACCCCACGUUCUUCGAAGCCAUUUUUAAUUUAGGUUUAUGCCUAAAACGCCAGGGUCACUACAUUGAGGCCCUGUCGUGUUUCCAACGAUUCUCCGGCUCUUUGGCCCUUCUACCGGCAGUCGUGUAUCAAGUAGCGAAUAUGCUGGAGUUGAUUGGCGACAACGAGGCCGCCGCUGAUACUUACCAGCAAUUGCUCGGUUUGGUACCCACAGAUGCUAAAGCCCUGCAAAAACUGGGCGAAUUGUACGAUCACGACGGCGACAAACAGCAAGCUCAUCACUAUCACAGCGACUCUUACAGAUACUAUCCUGCGAAUCUUUCGGUCAUCGAUUGGCUGGGUUCCUACUACAUCGAACUGCAAGUAGUGGAAAAGGCGCUGGCCUAUUUCGAAAAGGCAGCCAUCAUGCAACCCAACGAACCUAAAUGGAAUAUGAUGGUGGCCGGUUGCCAUCGACGAAGCGGUAACAUGCACAAAGCCUUGACAAUCUAUCAAGAAAUUCACAGGCAAUUCCCGGAAAAUUCGGAAUGCUUGAGGUUCCUGGUUCGCUUAUGCGGUGAUCUCGGCAUGAGAGAAGCUCAAGAUUAUUUAUUGGAAUUGAAGAAACUAGAAAAAACUAAGGAAGUUAGGGAACGAGUUAAUAGUAGCAGACCAGGAUCGAGACGUACAAGCAGCGGAUUAUCAUCGAGAGCAGGUUCUGGGUUCAGUCCAGUGCCUGAAAAUGCGCCGCUUAAGACACCUCCGAUGUCGGGUAAUAGAAAUUUGCGUUCCUCGAGGCUCAUACAGUCCCAUAACAGCGUGGGAAGUACCGAUUCUGGAUUUGCCCAGCCAACGAUAAUUGAUGCUAGUUAUUCAGAUCCGUUGGGCCCCCAGCCGAUCCGGCCGAGAACAGGCGCUGGUAAACAGCUCGAUUUUGAUGAUUUUGGAAAUGAUGAAAUUGGAGAUGAUCUCUUGCCUGAAUAGGUAAUAUUUAUUGCACAAGAGUGGCUUUUGUUUCCUGAUGAAUCAGACUUGUUUUGAGUUUUUUUUUUUAAUUAAAACUAGUACAUUUUUUAUGCAAGUUCGUAGUUUUAGUUACACAGUAUUUUUGUAAAAAUAAGUCAUUAUUAAAUAUCUAUUGAA